UCGAUAUCUAUCUGCACAUGCGCUUAGUUUCCCGUGCUAAGAAGAACGUGCCCAGCAACAAGUUGCUUUUUGUGCGAAGUUAACCCAUAACUUUCGCGACGCAGGAGGUCCAGAACUACUUGACUGGAACUAAUUCGAAAGAUUUGGUCCGUCCAUCAUCAAGUGGUCUUUGUGUGCGUUGAAGCUUCGCACGCAGCCUAGUUAGCUUAGCUUAGCUUGCGAACAAAGAACAAUGUGGUUCGACGCUUGAACAUCCAGUUGGAGCCUCCUAAAGUGUGCACAAUGCGUGCAAGAAGGACGCCAGCCGCAAAGUUCGAGGCGGAACUUUAUGGCGCAAAAGCUCAGCGACGACAUCAACUCUUGACUGUUUGCAAAAUGCAAGUAAAAGUUGUUCUUCGCCGACUAGCAGGUUUCAGAAGAUAUCUUGUUGCUGAGCGUCACGAGCCAGAAUUUUCUGGCGAUAAAGAGGAUGUUGAGCUCUCCCAAAUAAAAGAGGAGGAGGAGCCAGAGCCCUGUCCACAGAAGCAACUUCCAAUCAAAAAGGAAGAGGAAGACCUGCCAUGCGUUAAAAAGGAGGAGGAGGAGGAGCAUAUCACAAGGUUAAAUGGUGAGCCCUUGAAGAUUGAAGAUAGUCCAAGUGAGGCCGGCAGAGGGGCAGAGCCUCCAAGCGACUGCAGCAGCAGCUCAACAGAAGGAUUGCAAGCAGACAUUUUCAUCGCUCCAUCAAACAGAAGUGGCACCACAUCACACUCACCUUACAAUGAUGAUGGUCAUAAGAAAUCUCACACUGACGACAAACUCUGCAAAUGCUCUCAGUGUGGGAAAACCUUUCCUACCAAGCAAACUUGUCAUGCGCAUAUGAGGAGGCACACUGUCGAAAAACAUUUUUCCUGCUCAGUUUGUGAUCAAAGAUUUAGUUGCAAGAGCAAAUUAAAAAGUCACGAAAGAACCCACACUGGCGAAAAACCUUUUUCCUGCUCAGUUUGUGAUCAAAGAUUUGCUCUAAGGGGAAAUCUAACAAAACACAUAAGAACCCACACUGGUGAAAAACCUUUUUCCUGCUCAGUUUGUGGUCAAGGAUUCUCUCGAAAGCAAAACUUAAAAAGUCACAAAAGAACCCACACUGGCGAAAAACCUUUUUCCUGCUCAGUAUGUGGUCAAAGAUUUAGUUGCAAGAGCAAAUUAAAAAGUCACGAAAGAACCCACACUGGCGAAAAACCUUUUUCCUGCUCAGUUUGUGAUAAAAGAUUUGCUCUCAGGGGAAAUCUAACAAAACACAUAAGAACCCACACUGGUGAAAAACCUUUUUCCUGCUCAGUUUGUGGUCAAGGAUUCUCUCAAAAGCAAAACUUACAAAGUCACAAAAGAACCCACACUGGGGAAAAACCUUUUUCCUGCUCAGUUUGUGGUCAAAGAUUUGCUCAGAAGCAAAACUUGAUAAAACACACAAGAACCCACACUGGCGAAAAACCUUUUUCCUGCUCAGUUUGUGGUCAAAGAUUUCGUUGCAGGAGCAAAUUAAAAAGUCACGAAAGAACCCACACUGGCGAAAAACCUUUUUUCUGCUCAGUUUGUGAUCAAAGAUUUGCCCUUAAGGGAAAUCUAGCAAAACACAUAAGAACCCACACUGGCGAAAAACCUUUUUCCUGCUCCGUUUGUGGUCAAAGAUUCGCUCAGAGGCAAAACUUGAAAAGACACACAAGAACCCACACAGGCGAAAAACCUUUUACCUGCUCAGUGUGUGGGCAAGGAUUCUUUCAAAACCAAAACUUAAAAAGUCACGAAAGAACCCACACUGGCGAAACACCUUUUUCCUGCUCAGUUUGUAAUCAAAGAUUUGCUCUAAAGGGAAAUCUAACAAAACACAUAACAACCCACACUGGCGAAAAAACAUUUUCCUGCUCAGUUUGUGGUCAAAGAUUUGCUCAGAAGCAACACUUGAAAGACCACACAAGAAUCCACACUGGCGAAAAACCUUUUUCCUGCGCAGUUUGUGGUCAAAGAUUUCGUUACAAGAGCAAAUUAAAAAGUCACGAAAGAACCCACACUGGGGAAAAACCUUUUUCCUGCUCAGUCUGUGGUCAAAGAUUCACUCAAAAGCAAUACUUGCAAGUACAAACAAGAACUCACACUGGCGAAAAACCUUUUUCCUGCUCAGUUUGUGGUCAAAGAUUCGCUCGGUAGGAUCGGAUGAAGAGACACGUGUGUUUUGCUGUGAGAAGCAGUAGCCAAUGACUGUUUUGCCUGUCAUCUAUGCUGGCUUCAUCACAUUUCGGAUGCAGGUUGGGUUGGGGUUACGUUCGUAUUCGUUGUACACUUCAUUUUUGUGAUCACAUUUUUGUAUGGACUUUGCCAUUUUGUGUUUUACCUUUUCUUGCCAUCAACGUCUUUCCCUUGUUUCUCUCGCCGACUGGCAUUAUAUCAUAAUCUCCCAUUCAAACUACUCUUUCACAUUCAAUUUUUUAAACCGCAGACCCCAAAUUUUAAAAAUUCGAAAUCAUUCAUAAAUAUUGUCAUAAAAUAAUUAUGGAAAUUUAAAAUAAAUUGUUCAAUAUUGUAAAAAAUAAAAAUACUGGCGCACAAAUGAGUUUUUUGUUUGGGGGUUAAUGUAAAUGUAUAUAUAUAUAUAUAUAUGUAUAUUUAAUUUCUAUUACUACUUGUGAUUGACAGAGGGCCAAAUAAAGAAACAUGAAGAAGAAAAAAGGACGAUGACAAUAAAGUCGUGUUUUUUUUGUUUUUUGUUUUUUGCCGACUCACAAAUAAUGUACAGUACUUUGUACUUACAAUAAUGAAUGAAGAUAAACCAUUUAUCGAUUCAUUGCUUUUUUUCUUUUAAAGGAAACAAAAUACUCAGUCCAUUUGGACCAUAUCAAGUAAAAUCUAUCAAUCUGCAACAUGCAAAAUGACAGCUUCUCCAUGAUGUAAAUUUCAUGUACAAUAUCUAUCCAUUCCUCAAUAGUUGUUUUUUGAGCCAUUUCCAGGUAAUAGAUUUCUUGGUGGCUGCUAAUAAAAUAUUUAACAUUUUUUAUCAUUGACCUUCAGUUUAUCCAGUUUCAAAUCACCCCAAUACAGACAUUCACAUUUGAAAGCGAUAUGUUGCCCGAAAAUGUUCUCCAAGGGUGUAUGAAUCUCAGUCCAGUAAGGUUUAAUAACAUUGCAUUUCCAAAAUAUGUGUGAGUGGUCCGCUCCAUUUGUUCCACAGUCUCUCCAGCUGGCAUCUCCUUUACCCUGGUGUCGUUUUUGGAUUGGGGUUAUAAAGUACCUCAUAAUGUUUUUCCAGCAGAAUUCACGCCAUAUAUUUGAGCUCGUUAUGGUCCAGUGCAGUUGGCACAUGUUCUCCCAGAUUUUUUCAUCUAGUCGCAUAUUUCUUUCUCCUUCCCAUUUUUUGUUUUAUAUAAUGAGUGCUCUCCAUCUUGGUUAACCUAAUAAUUUUAAGCAAUUUGGAAAUAAUUUUAUUGCAGGUUUUGGACUCAAGGAGGAUUACAAUUUCUUGUAAGACCAAAUUUUCAUGUCUAGUUAUAUUUUUUGUAACAGUAAGGUGAAAAUGUCUAACUUGCAUGUAUCUAUAAAAAUACGUUUUUCUAGGCAAUUUUAUAGACAAGUUUCCGAGGUACUUCCGGUUUACUUCCUUAUGUCUUCCUACCCCUUCCGUUUCCGCCUGUUUACCAUUAAAGUCAAUGGCGGCGGAAUCGAAGUUGGAAUGUCUUUAUACAAGAUCCCGGGAAUGUUAUUUUCAUGUAGGCGGGUGGAGAACCAAGCCAAGGCCUCCAUGCUUCGUACCAUGUCGUUUUCCAAACCAUGGGUGCUCGUACUCGUCAUACCGGAGGGAGGGAGGGAGGGAGGGAGACGUAAGAAAACUGACAGCUCCUGCAGUCAUACCCCCGCUGUUAUGGAAGGUAAAGUGCUCUAAAAAUACGAAACCUAAAAUCUGGCGCAUAAAACGACUUGUUGCCUUUGCUAUUGAUAUUACGAUGAUGAUUGUAAUUACGAAGUUUAAUCAUUUUUACUACAACUAGCCUGUUGCUAAUCGUGUUUGAAUGCGCCGCAUGAAUCCAAGUGUUACAAGUAUUUAUUCGUUUGUUUACAGCUGGGAAACGCUGUUAUAAUAGGGAAGACGGCUUGACUUGUACGUUGAUGGAAAUAUAUCGAACUACGCGCGUUUGCGUUCCACAAUGAUGGUGACAGACGAUGGUUUCGCUGAGAUCGCCGUGAUCCAACUACGGCAGCAUUACUCUCAGCAUUACUUUUACUCUCUGUAGGUCUUCUUUAAACACAAAAAAAAAUAUGGUCUAUUAUCGGAUUGACUAUGUGCUGAUGAAUAGUGUGAGUAGUCUCUGCCUGCCGGAUUCAGUUACCUGAAUCCUGAAUCCUAACCAUACAUCCAUUAUUCCCAUUUCUGUCAUGUAGAUUGUAAGUAUUUUUGUAAUGUGUUUUGUGUCUGAUUUACCAUUUGAGGAGUCUUAAUUUAGGAUUUAAUCUUAUGUUGAAAUCGCCUCCACAUAUUAUAGACCCUUGACUUUUGGUUAUCAAUUCAAAUACAUGUUUGUAUAAUGACCAAUCACUGCCAGGGGGAACAUAUACAUUAAAGAGACUUGUUAAUUUGCCCUCUAUUUUUCCUGUUACCAUACUAUAUCUCCCUUCUUUAUCUUUUAUUUCUGACACAUGUUCAUAGUUUAUUGCCCCGAAAUAAGAAUAGUUACUCCCCUUUGCCUUCCCGACUCAUGAGAAGAAAAGUAGACAUAUUUAUAGCCUGACAUUUUCAAUUUGGUAAGUUCUAGAUCAUCAAGAUGUGUUUCUUGUAGAAAAGCUAUUUGUAUUUUGUCUUUUUUAAGUUUUGUCAAAAUUUUCCCUCAUUCAAUAGGGUUGAGUACUCUGUUUCUAUUAAAUGCGCAAUUUUCAUUAGAUUACCUUGCAUCUAUGUUUGUUCCUCUAAACCACUUUAACAUCCUGGUGUGUUCCCAUUUCCCCUUGAAAACAUCGGGGAGAGAAAAAAACAUAACAAUAAACCAACUCAAACUAUAUAACAAUUUAACCCAAAUCAAGUAUUGUGACUUCCUAUGUAGGGGUCUUUAAACUUGACCCUGAAGAGCCUCUACCGUAGGCUCGAAGGGAACGGUCUCACGGUCUCACCUCCUUGACUGGAGGAAGGAGCCCUUUCUUGCAACGGCAACGUGUCCCUUAAGUAGUUAUCCCAUGGUGAACCUUAAUUAUCUCUUUUUAAAACCACUGCUAAUCUAAUAUACUGUAUCUAUAUACAUAUACACACACACACACAUACAUGCAUAUAUAUACGUACAGUUGUGGUCAAAAGUUUACAUACACUUGUGAAGAACAUAAUGUCAUGGCUCUCUUGAGUUUCCAGUUAUUUUUACAACUCUGAUUUUUCUCUGAUAGAGUGAUUGGAACAGAUUCUUUGUCACUUCUUUGUCACAAAAAACAUUCAUGAAGUUUGGUUCUUUUAUGACUUUAUUAUGGGUGAACAGAAAAAAGUGAUCAAAUCUGCUGGGUCAAAAAUAUACAGUACAUACAGUAGCGCAAAUAUUAAGUAACAUGUCCUUUGCCCAUUUUCACUUCAAUUAGGCGCUUUUGGUAGCCAUCCACAAGCUUCUGGCAAGCUUCUGGUUGAAUCUUUGACCACUCCUCUUGACAGAAUUGGUGCAGUUCAGUUAAAUUUGAUGGCUUUCUGACAUGGACUUGUUUCUUCAGCAUUGUCCACAAGUUCUCAAUCGGGUUUAAGUCAGGACUUUGGGAAGGCCUUAAUUUUAGCCUGAUUUAGCCAUUCCAUUACCACUUUUGUUGUGUGUUUGGGGUCAUUGUCCUGUUGGAACACCCAACUGCGCCCAAGACCCGAUCUUCGGGCUGAUGACGUAAGGUUAUCUUGAAGAAUUUGAAGGUAAUCCUCCUCCUUCAUUAUCCCAUUUACUCUCUGUAAGGCACCAGUUCCAUUGGCAGCAAAACAGCCCCACAGCAUAAUACCACCACCACCGUGCUUGACGGUAGGCAUGGUGUACUUUGGGUUAAAGGCCGCACCUUUUCUCCUCCAAACAUAUUGCUGGGCAUUGUGGCCGAACAGCUCGAUUUUUGUUUCGUCUGACCACAGAACUUUCCUCCAGAAGGUCUUAUCUUUGUCCAUGUGAUCAGCAGCAAACUUCAGUCGAGCCUUAAGGUGCCGCUUUUGGAGCAAGGGCUUCCUUCUUGCACGGCAGCCUCUCAGUCUAUGGAGAUGCAAAACACGCUUGACUGUGGACACUGACACCUGUUUUCCAGCAGCUUCUAAUUCUUGGCAGAUCUGCUUUUUGGUGAUUCUCGGUUGAAUCUUCAUCCUCCUGACCAAUUUUCUCUGAGCAGCAGGUGAUAGCUUGCGUUUUCUUCCUGAUUGUGGCAGUGACAAAACAGUGCCAUGCACUUUAUACUGAAGGGGAAACGAUAUCGUCAUCGCACACACCAUAUAACUGUUUGCAUUAGUCUAACACAUAUAUAGUCUAACACAUACAUAUGGUACAGGUUUUCGUAGGCACCGUCUAACUGUUUGCAUUAGGCUAACACACGUAAUAUAAUUAAUCAGGAAAUGUGUAUCAUUUUCAUAUUUGCGGUAGGACUACACUACUAAUAUAAAAUAAAUAGCACACCAUAGUUUAAUGAGAAGAAAUAGAGAUACACAAUGCCGUCUUAUCAUGAGUGACGCACAUACUCGGGGAAUCUGCUCUCAGCAAACUCCAAGGACAAAGCGUUUUGUCCUGGAACAAGCACCACCAGCCCGGACAGCGAAGUGGAUAGCGGGCGUCCCAAAUCCGCGCACGAACCUAAACCGCCCAGGGCCGGCCACAGCGGGGGCGGCCCCAAAGCAACGCCCAGAAACGCCUUCGACAAGACCCGCGUCAGCAAAGACGUUAAAAAGACUGAACACUGAUAACAAUUUGUCGCUCCUCGGAAACAUUUCCUAUGUAACCGUUGUGACACGACCCUGGAUCCAGCCUCUGUACCUCCGUCGUCUGUUUUUGCCUUGUUCUUUAGACCUCUGUGAAUCAUUAAAUUGUCAACCUGU